GCUAUUAUAACAUGGGUUGUUAAAAGUGUGGUCAGGGCAAGGGGAAAUCCGUAGGUCGCUCUUGCAGAAUGCGAGCUGGUUCUUCACUUAUCUCAACAACUGCGCCAAAUAACAUCAAAUAAACGGCCAUGGCAGUUCCAACCAUAACCUCUCUAUCAAAACUGGCCCCUUUUCACCAACCAACACGAACCCAAUUCAGCUCACAAACGGCUGCUUCCAAAUUUCUCCUCUCUGCAAAGCAAAGAUCACUAUUUCCAGCACCCACCAACAGCAUUUCAUCUCAGAACUUGAAAAAUGCAGCCACUAUUUUGGGGGUCACUGGAGUUACUUUAGCCACACUAAUGGUGGGACCUGACACUGCAUCUGCUUCUGAAAUAGCUGCUAUAGCGGGUUCUUCUUUCCAAUUCAACGAACCCACUAAUGCUCUCUCCUUACCCACCUGGGCUAUUCAUGUUUCCAGCGUUGUUGAAUGGGUUACUGCGAUGGCUCUGGUUUGGCAAUACGGGGAGAAGUCUGGGAAUGCUUCUUGGAAGGGACUCUCUUGGGGCAUGGUGCCCCUGCUAGGUGGAGCGUUUUGUGCCUGCACUUGGCAUUUCUUUUACAACUCAGAGUCCCUUGAGGUAUUAGUGGCUCUACAAGCAGCUUUGACAGUUCUUGGUAAUGCCACAAUGUGCGUCGCUGCAUUCCGUAUAUACAGAUCACAGGAGCAAUCAAAAGAAUCAUGAGCAUCGAGUUUGGUGUACUUUCCCAACUUUCAUCACUCAUUCAGCUUCCUUAUCUACAUGGUACUUCAUCCGAUUUCUUGCAGUCUCUUUUUCAUCUUCAAGUGGGACAUAAACUUUAAGCUGAUUGUUUUGGCAGAAGAAGAUCCACCAGUGUGGAUCGCGCUGUCCCUGUAAGAUAUAAAUUAAUUCUGUCUUUUUGGUGGCUGGUGAGUUUGUCAAGAUAGUUUCUUGACUUUGGACUUUCCAGUUGCAUUGUUGUACAUUCUUUGAACAGCUCCUUUUAGACAUCUAAAGAUGGCCAUUAUUGACUUCCUAGGAACUGUUGUUGUCAAAUGAAUCAUAUCCGACAUCUUCAACAUGUUCAUUGUUUGUGUACUGUAUCCAAUUACCUGCUUGACUA